AGACAUCAUUUUGUUAUUUUUUCAUCGUGUUCGUCGUUCAUCGUAGCCAUACUCAAACAAGUCAACACAAGAGGAGAGAAAAAAAAGAGGAAUUAGAAUAAGAAACGACUACACGGAAGACCGAAGUGGAAGAAAAUCGAGGCUUUUUUUGUUUUAAUUUGAAUUUCAUUUGAUUUGCGUGCGCGAAUUUUGUGCACGGCAAACACGAAACUCAUUGCGAGCGAGAGAAGAAGAAAAAACAUCUAAAGGAAAUAGAAUAAAUCAUUGCAGAUCGUUUGUGAAUCGAUUGAAGGUGUGAAACAACUGCAGGUUGAUUGACGAAAAAGAAGAAUUUGUCUGCGAGAACGACGAAGACGACGACAACGACUGCGAUUACGACGACUACGAUAAAACAAAGGGUGGAACUAAAUUUAAAAUCGAGCAUCAUAACCAAAGUAUGAAUGCGAAAAAAGAUAUAAACAGACGUGUGCAAGUGAUACAAGCGAAGAAAAAGCGCCAUAAGGCAAACAAAAAGAAGGGUCGAAACGCGGUAAAUGGGCCAGCCGGAGCAGUGAAUGUUUCCACCACCGUAUCAAACGUACCGAAUGAUGAUGAUGAUACCGUAACAUCGCCAACAACACUCGCAAACAAUGAAAAUGAAAUGUUCGAUCCGAAUGUGAACAACAGCAACAGCAACAAUGCGAACGAACCAAUUGACAAUAGCAUUACAAACAAUGCGAACAGCAUUCUGGAUAAUAUUCAGGACAUUAAUUCAUUAUUAAACAAAGAAAUCACGUAUUCCACUGUCAAUCAUCACCAGGGGCCGCAGCUGCAGCAACCAGAAGUGAAAAGUCUCGAUCCAUCGAAUAGUUCUUCCAAUGAAACGAUCGGCGAGCACGAGGAUUUGUACACCAGCGAAGAUGAGGAGCAAGAGAAUCGUGAGGAUUACUGCAAAGGUGGCUAUCAUCCAGUGAAAAUUGGUGAUUUAUUUUUGAAUCGAUACCAUGUGACCCGGAAAUUGGGCUGGGGUCACUUUUCAACGGUAUGGCUGUGCUGGGAUUUGGAGGACAAACGUUAUGUAGCGCUUAAAAUUGUUAAAUCUGCUCAUCAUUUCACCGAAACGGCAAAGGAUGAGAUCAAAAUACUGAAAGCGGUACGUGAUAGUGAUCCGCUUAAUCCGCGGCGCAACAAAACGGUGCAAUUGCUAAAUGACUUUAAAAUAACGGGCGUCAAUGGCACACACGUUUGCAUGGUGUUCGAAGUAUUAGGCCACAAUUUACUUAAGCUUAUUUUAAAAUCAAAUUAUCGUGGUAUCCCGUUGCCGAACGUAAAAUCAAUAAUCAGACAAGUGCUCGAAGGUUUGGAUUAUUUGCACACUCAGUGUCAAAUCAUUCACACGGAUAUCAAGCCCGAAAAUGUUCUCAUUUGUGUCGAUGAAACGUACAUCCGGAAGUUGGCUUGCGAAGCAACUGAACUGCAUGCAAUGGGUCUCAAACUGCCGUAUUCAUUGAUCAGCACCGCACCGAAGGAGUUCCAAGAACAGCCCAUCACGUCGAAAAUGAGCAAGAACAAGAAGAAAAAAUUGAAGAAGAAGGCGAAACGACAAUCCGAACUCAUCAAAAAACAACUGGAGCACAUUCAUCAGCUGGAAUCAUUGAAUGAAAAAUCCGAAGACAACACAAACGGUGACGGUGGAAACGGUACGGCUGAAGAUGACGAUGACAAUACCCCGGACGAACCAGAAAUUAGCAAUAACGAUGACUCUGUGGAAAGCGUUACAUCCGCAACGACUGGUUUAGUUAAUGGAAUCUCGUCAAAGUCUGACUCGGAAUUUGAGAUCAGCAAAAAGUUGAGCAAAAGUGAAGAUGGCAAAGGUGACGAUUGUGAAUCGGAGAAGAGCAAGAGUAGCGAUCUGCCGAAUUCAAAGUCCAUUGAGAAUUGUAACGAAGUUAACUCAAAAUCAGCGGGCAAAUCAGCCGCAAAAACAUCACCAAUUGCCUCGAAUAAGUCGAAAAAUGGCAGCAGCAAGACGAAAGUUGUUGUUCAAGUCGAAGACAACAAUGCGAUCAACAAGAAAAUGUUGACACCGCCCAAAGAUCCAGCGUUCGAGGUGUGCGACAUGGAAGUGAAGAUUGCCGAUUUGGGAAACGCAUGCUGGGUGCACAAACAUUUCACCGAAGACAUUCAAACCCGUCAGUAUCGUUCAUUGGAAGUCAUCCUGGGAGCAUCGUACAAUGUGUCUGCCGAUAUCUGGAGCACGGCAUGCAUGGCAUUUGAACUGGCCACCGGUGAUUACUUAUUCGAACCGCAUUCAGGUGAAAACUAUUGCCGUGACGAAGAUCACAUUGCGCACAUUAUUGAACUGCUGGGUCCAAUUCCAAAGAAAAUCAUCCUGUCGGGCACAUUGUCACACUUUGUGUUCAAUAAGAAAGGUGAGCUACGGCACAUAACCGGAUUGAAACCGUGGGGCUUGGACGAAGUGCUGAUGCAAAAGUAUGAAUGGACGGUGGAAGAAGCCAGCCAAUUUGCCGAUUUUCUGCGACCGAUGCUCGAAUUUGAUCCCGAUAAGCGUGCAACGGCCGCUCAGUGCUUGGAUCAUCCUUGGCUGAAAUCUGACAGUUAGGAAUUCGAGCGCAAGUAAAUUGAAGAAGCAAAACAAAAAAAAAACAAACAAAAUACUUCUCUGUUGAUUUCAUCGAUUAGUCAUGUUGUUAGUUGGACUUGUCCAUUCCCAGCGAAAUAAUUGUGUAUCUAUGCCUCAGUGUGAUUAAACGAUCAUCCGUUAAGAUGAUAAACAAAGUAAACUAUUUAAACAAAAAAAAUCAUAACAAUAACUUAAACAAAACAAAAAUUAUAAGACGAACGAAAAAUCGACGAGACAAACCAAAACUAUUUGAUAAUAACUCACUUCCUUAUUUGUUUUGAUUUGGUUGGAAUUCAGUAAAUAGAAAGAAAGAAAGAUAGAGAAAGGGAGAGAGAUAGAGAAAGGGAGAGCGAGAGAGCGACAGAGAGCAAGAUAAAAAGAGAAACGCUUGGAAAUGAAUAAGAGAGAAGAAAAAAGAACUUGAAAUUGUAAAUUUCAAAUGAAAAUUCACAUUAACAAACACAUACACAUACACACAAGUAAGAUAUUAGAAUCAUCGAUUCAAUUCACCGUGAUCUGUUUGAGCAAACAUGGCUUGUCACUCAGAAUCAAGCGUAUUUUUUAAUUCAAACCACCAACUCAACUAAAUCAAUCUUAUAAAAGAGUGCAUCAAGACAGAGAUUAUAUGUUAAAUUGACGCCCCCAAACAACAACCAUA